CACAAUGGGCGUGGCCGCUGUAACGUAAAUUCUUGCUAGACCAGAUCAAAUGUUGUGACUGUGAGCUCUCGCCAUUUUCAUCACAAUUAUAGGGGCGUUUAAAAGAAGGGCUGCUUCUUUAAACGUAUCUUUGGAUAUUUCACCGAAGGCGUCUGAACGAAUAAACUAUGGGAAACUGCUAUACGGUCGGACCAAACGAAGCUUUGGUAGUCUCAGGUGGUUGUUGUGGAUCCGAUAAGAAGACCUACGCGAUCGGAGGAUGGGCGUGGGCGUGGUGGUUCCUCACAGACAUUCAAAAAAUUUCUCUGGGAGUAAUAACCGUCCUGUGUCGCUGUGAGAAUAUCGAAACGUCGGAGGGCGUCCCCCUGGAUGUGACCGGGGUGGCUCAGGUCAAAGUAAUGACGGACCAUGAGCUACUAUCUCUUGCCUGUGAACAGUUCCUGGGUAAAUCAGUGAGCGAAAUUAAGGGAGUCAUCCUGCAGACACUGGAGGGUCAUCUGCGCUCCAUUCUGGGCACUCUGACAGUGGAGCAGAUUUACCAGGACCGAGAUCAGUUUGCCAGCCUGGUGAGGGAGGUGGCCGCUCCUGAUGUGGGUAGGAUGGGUAUUGAGAUUCUCAGCUUCACUAUUAAGGAUGUCUAUGAUAAAGUGGAUUAUCUGAGCUCGUUGGGGAAGACCCAGACGGCGGCUGUGCAGAGAGACGCAGACAUUGGAGUAGCGGAGGCGGAGAGAGAUGCUGGAAUCAGGGAAGCAGAAUGCAAGAAGGAAAUGAUGGACAUUAAGUUCCAGGCAGACACUAAAAUGGCCGACUCAAAGCGAGAGCUGGAGAUGCAGAAAGCUGCUUUCAACCAGGAAGUCAAUACAAAGAAAGCCGAGGCUCAGCUGGCAUACGAGCUGCAGGCAGCUAAGGAGCAGCAGAAGAUCCGUUUAGAGGAGAUCGAGAUCGAGGUGGUGCAGAGAAAGAAACAGAUCACCAUCGAGGAGAAAGAAAUUAUCCGGACAGACAAAGAGCUGAUCGCCAUGGUGAAGAGGCCUGCCGAGGCCGAGGCCUACAAGAUGCAGCAGCUGGCUGAAGGACACAAGGUGAAGAAGGUGCUGACUGCACAGGCUGAAGCAGAGAAGAUCAAGAAGAUUGGAGAGGCUGAAGCAGCCUCCAUUGAAGCUGUGGGCAAAGCUGAAGCAGAGAAGAUGAAGCUAAAAGCUGAAGCUUACCAGCAGUAUGGAGAGGCAGCGAAAACUGCACUGGUCCUAGAGGCACUGCCCAAGAUUGCUGGAAAGGUGGCGGCUCCCUUGGGCAAGACCAACGAGAUUAUCAUUCUGAGUGGCGAGGGCAACCGCGUGACCGGUGAAGUGAGUCGUCUCUUGGCCGAACUGCCGGUUACAGUUAACGCCCUCACAGGAGUCGACCUCUCAAAGAUGCCUUUGUUGCAGAAAAUGACCAGCGCUCAUGCAUGAAGAUUCUUCACCUCUAUGGCCUUUAAGACACAACUUAAAUGCAAUCUUUAAUGCCUUACCAGGAUGUUCUGUCCUGUUAUUAUUUUAUCCUUAGUGCCAUUUAUGUGUAGGACCAGACUGUGUCCAUUGUUUAGAAUUUCCUGUUGUACUCUUCCUCUUUACUGGUGUUUUUUUAUUUUAUUUUGUAUGCCACCUAAAUGGUGACGUUAUAAACCAGUUCUUGCACUUGCAAGUUAAUUAAUAUUCUUGAGCAGUGCAUGGGAGAGAAUGUGUCCAUCUGGGUUCAGUUUUGAACAUUUGAUCUUUCAACCUACAUGAUUUGGGCAAUGAGUUAAUGAAAACUAUAAUGACUGGCAUAUAGGAAAGGGCCGCAUUCUUGUUUUUUUUUUUUUUUUUUUUUUUUUUUUU